GGCACUGAUGGGAGUUGUAGGCCAGUGGUCGCUUGCAGAGAACGCGGGGGAAGCGCAGCCCUGAGUUAAGAGGACUACGCAUCCCGGCGGCCCGCGCGCGGGGAGUAAUGUGACGCCGCUUCCGACCCGGCGCUGCGAGGCCCCGAGGAGGGGAGCUGACGGCCAGGCGCUUGGCGGCGGCGGCGGCGGAGGAGCUGGACUCUGCUAGGAGGAGUGGGAGGAGGAGGAGGGCCACCAUGUGUCAGGAAGCCGCGCGCGGGCCGCUGGGCGGCCGACUCCUCCCCCUCACUCCCCCGCCUCAGAGGCAGCUUUUAUGACGUCCAAAUGUGGGGUUAGAUUAUGAGCGCCAGCAAGAACGCCCGCUACAAUCGUUUCCCCAGCGGUACAACCAACGGUGCUCCUUCAGAGAACACUAACGGGACAAGAAUGGAGACGACUUUUGGGCCUGCUUUUUCUGCAGUGACUACCAUCACCAAAGCCGAUGGGAGUAGUACGUUCAAGCAGCAUCGCCGGACGCCCUCCUCUUCCAGCACGCUCACCUAUUCCCCACGCGACGAGGACGAUGGCAUGCCACCAAUCAACACCCCACGCCGGUCUGACUCUGCCAUCUCCAUCCGCUCGUUGCAUUCAGAGUCCAACAUGUCCCUGCGCUCAACUUUCUCUCUCCAUGAGGAAGAGGAGGAGCCAGAGCCGCUGGUGUUUGCUGAGCAGCCUUCAGUGAAACUUUGCUGCCAGUUGUGUUGCAGUGUGUUUAAAGACCCAGUGAUCACCACCUGUGGGCACACGUUUUGCAGAAGAUGUGCCUUAACCUCUGAGAAGUGCCCAGUGGACAAUGCCAAGCUGACGGUGGUGGUGAACAACAUUGCCGUAGCUGAGCAAAUUGGGGAGCUCUUCAUUCACUGCAAGUAUGGUUGUCGGCCUGCGGCUAGCGGCAAGCCUUCUGCCUUUGAGGUGGACCCCCAAGGGUGCCCGUUCACCAUUAAACUGAGUGCCAGGAAGGACCAUGAAAGUAGCUGCGAUUAUAGGCCGGUGCGCUGCCCCAACAACCCCAGCUGCCCGCCACUCCUCAAGAUGAACCUGGAAGCACACCUCAAGGAGUGUGAACACAUCAAGUGCCCUCAUUCCAAAUACGGGUGUACCUUCAUAGGGAACCAAGACACCUAUGAGACCCACUUGGAAGUGUGCAAGUUUGAGGGCCUCAAGGAGUUCCUCCAGCAGACAGACGACCGCUUCCACGAGAUGCAAGUGGCCAUGGCCCAGAAGGACCAGGAGAUUGCCUUCCUGCGGUCGAUGCUGGGCAAGUUGUCGGAGAAGAUCGACCAGCUGGAGAAGAACCUGGAGCUGAAGUUUGAUGUGCUGGAUGAGAACCAGAGCAAGCUGAGUGAGGAUCUGAUGGAAUUCCGGAGAGAUGCUUCCAUGCUAAAUGAUGAGCUGUCCCACAUCAAUGCACGGCUGAACAUGGGAAUCUUGGGCUCAUACGACCCCCAGCAGAUCUUCAAGUGCAAAGGCACCUUUGUCGGACACCAGGGCCCCGUCUGGUGUCUGUGCGUCUACUCCAUAGGAGACUUGCUGUUCAGCGGCUCUUCGGACAAGACUAUUAAGGUGUGGGAUACCUGCACCACGUACAAGUGCCAAAAGACCUUGGAAGGCCACGAUGGGAUUGUCCUGGCUCUCUGCAUCCAAGGGAACAAGUUGUACAGUGGCUCUGCUGACUGCACCAUCAUUGUCUGGGAUAUUCAAACCUUGCAGAAAGUCAACACUAUUCGUGCACACGACAACCCUGUGUGCACGCUGGUCUCCUCGCACAACAUGCUUUUCAGUGGCUCCCUAAAAGCCAUCAAGGUUUGGGACAUCGUGGGCACAGAGCUGAAAUUGAAAAAGGAGCUGACCGGCCUUAAUCACUGGGUCCGUGCUCUGGUGGCAUCCCAGAAUCACCUGUACAGUGGCUCCUACCAAACAAUCAAGAUCUGGGACAUCCGGAACUUGGAGUGUGUACAUGUCCUGCAAACAUCAGGUGGGAGCGUCUACUCCAUUGCUGUCACCAACCACCACAUCGUCUGCGGCACCUAUGAAAAUCUGAUUCAUGUGUGGGACAUUGAGUCAAAAGAGCAGAUGCGCACCCUGACGGGGCACGUGGGCACCGUGUAUGCCCUGGCUGUCAUCUCCACACCCGACCAAACCAAAGUCUUCAGUGCUUCAUAUGACCGGUCGUUGCGGGUAUGGAGCAUGGAUAACAUGAUCUGCACCCAGACUCUGCUGCGCCACCAGGGUAGCGUCACAGCACUGGCAGUCUCUCGGGGUCGCUUGUUCUCUGGUGCCGUGGACAGCACAGUUAAGGUUUGGACAUGCUAGUGGGUGCCACUACCUGCUUUUGGAUGGUGGACUACCAAAUACUUCUCUUUCAGCUCACACUUGAUGUUCUGCUUCCUUGCUCUCUGAAGCCCUCUCACUUUGCACGCCAGCAGUGAACACGCUUCGCGCCUCCCCGUGUACCUCAGCAGUGCCACCACUGACACAGCAGGGCUGCCCCUGCAAGAAGGACUGUUUGGUUGGUGGGAAGGCUGGCAGGACUACAUCACACCUGUGGCUUUUCCUGGAUCUCUGUGGGAGGAGAGUUCGAAGCGAAUACCGUCUACAGCUGCAGCCUUCAGUGCCAUUUCCAUCUUGUCCGAUGGAACAAACGGGCUGCUGUGGUCUCAAGACAGAAGCGUUUCGGUGGAGUGGGGAUUCCAGUGAUGAUCCGUGUGAGUACCCACGAUGCACCUUUGCCAACAGCAAUGCUAGCGGCAAGGAGGGGAGAAGGCCCCUCCCCCUUCUGGCAUUUGAUGUAUCCGCUAAGCUCUUUUAUUUGUGCCCACUGCCAGUGAUAAAAACCAAUUUUCCCCUCAUGUAACCAGGUACGAUUUUUAUGUCUCAGAUUCCCAUCCCUCACAUCCGGUACCACAAGGCCAUCCUUUCACAGCAUCAUGUCAUAAGGGCCUCCAUGGUUUAAAAGAGAGAAAAAAAAACUGGGAGAGCCCACUGUUGUGUUUUUACUGACAUUUUCUACUGUUUUUAAGAUUGUGAUAUAGAUUUGGAUUAUUUCUUCCUUUACAAUAAAAAUGGACCAUUGUUUUA